CAUCGAUGGUCGCUCUACCACUCAUCGCCGCGCUCGACGUGUGUCACUCAGCAGAUUGCUGCUGUCGCGAUCAUGGAUGACUACGAGCUGGAACGAAUUGGCUCAGACAGCCCUGCACAAAGCGUACCAGCAGCACAGCGCAUCUCACCUAGUCGACAAAGGUCCGAUGGCAAUAUCAAAACGACUGCGAAGCGUUCGGAGGAUACUCAGAAGACCGAGACGUCGGACGCAAAUCUCAUAAAAUCUGACGUUAUAGGGCCUGCUGGACAGCCAUGGGACCUGCAGUUGCUGGAGUCGCAGGUUGUGGCAGCGCCAGCGCCAGCGUCGAAGGCAGCCAUGGUGGCUACAACGGAGGAGGAUUGCAAGGAUAAGAAGCUGGACGCCUUCAAUGAGCGCUUUGCUGAUAACUUUGAUGACAUCAAUUGGAGUAAACUGCGCCGUUAUGGUAAGCCUAAACGCAUUCUCAUGGGCAAGAAGAGCUGAGUCUUUAACCACGGCUAUCGCGUCGCGCUGCAGAGGGGUACUGAAGACGCAGAGAAGCCAGAGCGUACCAUUUUUGUGUGCCGCUGGUGCCAUCAAACCACCCUGACAGGCGUCAUUGUCGAGGUGUCGACAGGCACGAGCUCGGCGGCAAAGCACUUGGGUAUGGAUAGGCGCGGCCAUCGUAUAAAGAAGCGGGAAGAAGCUGGUGACGCUGCCGGGUGGCCAAUCGACAAUAACUGAC